AUGCUUAAGGAAAAUUAUGGUUACCCAGAUACUCUUGACUUUAGUGACAGAUAUAAAGAAGCUAUUAGAAAGUUCAAGGAAGGAAAUACUGACCCGAACCUAUUUAGCUUUAUGGUUCAGCAUCAAAUCGGAUAUAAUCUCAAACCUGGAAAAUACAAGCUCGCAAAGGGAUAUGAUUUAAUAGCAUAUCAUCCAAAUGACAUGGAUGAAUUUACUCCGAGAUAUUUGAUGUCAGAGAUAAAUGAUAAUUCAACUAUCUUCAUGAAACGCGUAAAAAAUAGAGACGGAACGAAAGAAGAAAGGGUUAUGAAUGCGGAUGACUUAGAAAGGGAAUUUGUUAAAAACGGUCUCGGAAUAUAUGAAAUGCCAGCAGAUGAGGUACAAGAAACUCCACAGGAAGAAGUUCAGAUACAACCAGACAUGGAAGAAAUAGUUCAGCAACAACAGCUAGAAGAGCCUGAAGGAAACGAACAAGUCCCUCCUUUGGAAACUAACUUCACAGAACUAGAUGAAGAUUUGGAACAGCCGAAAAAUCUUGACCCUCAACAAGUGUAUGAGGAGAAUAUGGAAUCUUUCCAAGAGUCUAAGAAAAAUUCGGCUGACAUAGUAGAAGGAUAUCGAAAAAUGUUCACCGACAUACAAAAGACUCCAACAUGA